CGGCAGGUGGGAGGGAGAAAGUCGCUUUCUGCACCAAUAGCUGAGGCGUUCAGGGUUGUCCAGGGACGCUACCCUCACGUGUCUGGUUCCGAGUGCUGCGUUCGGCUGUGCUGGGAAGUUGCGUAGACAGUGGCCUGGAGACCCCACCUGCCUGAGGAGGCCUCGGUUGGACGCGAAGGAGCUGCAGCAUCCAGGGGACAAGAUGCCAACUGGCAAGCAGCUAGCUGACAUUGGCUAUAAGACCUUCUCUGCCUCCAUGAUGCUCCUCACUGUGUACGGGGGGUACCUCUGCAGUGUCCGAGUCUACCACUAUUUCCAGUGGCGCAGGGCCCAGCGCCGGGCCGCAGAAGAACAGAAGACCUCAGGAGUCAUGUAGAACUGGGGGGCUUUUUCUCCUGGGCAGAGAGGCCCAAGGCAUGCUAUGGAGAGACUUCACCUGCCACCAUUUCCAGGUCAACAGGACUAGAGCACUGAUGAUUUUCAAACCCUGUUGGAAGAAAGUGCCCGUGGUUUCUCUGGUUCUGCCAGUCUGUGCCAGUUUGACAGUUCAUGGAGGCUGUUGAAUCAUAAUAGCAAUGUGAGGGUGAGAUACACCUACAGACAUUAAAUAAUUUGCCGUGUCUGUG